CACUCUUCAACCUUUUUUCUCAGCCAACACACAAACAUACAUCUCUCUUCCUUCAUACACUCGCAUUACUUUCCUUUCUAUUUCAUCCGUUCGCUGAUUAUACGUACCCUCUUUCUGAGCGAAUUCCGCUCAUCGGGUCGUGAAGAUGGGGUAUGCUACCCUCCCUCCUGCUCGAUCCCCUCCGGGGAUGAUAAUUUACUAAUCCGAUGCGAUGGGGCGCUACGAUACCAGGAAGCUCGUGCGCCUAGAGCUCUUCAAUUUCAAGUCCUACAAGGGCCAUCAAACAAUCUACUUUGGCGACUCCUACUUCACAUCCAUCAUUGGGCCAAAUGGUUCCGGAAAGUCAAAUUGCAUGGACGCGAUCUCGUUCGUCCUGGGCAUCAAAUCUUCCCAAUUACGUUCUGCUCAUCUGAGGGAUUUAAUUUACCGUGGGCGCGUGCUCAAGACUUCGGGCCCGAAGAAGCCGAGUGAUCCCAAGACUGCCUGGGUUAUGGCAGUUUAUUUGAACGAUGAUGGGGAGGAGCAGCUUUGGAAAAGGGCGAUUACUAGUGCCGGUGCGAGCGAAUAUAGGAUUAAUAACAAGCAGGUCACGGCUGUGCAGUACAACGAUGCGCUAGAGGAGGAGAAUAUCUUGAUCAAGGCGAGGAAUUUUUUGGUUUUUCAGGGCGAUGUCGAAGCAAUUGCCAGUCAAUCUCCGAAGGAUCUCACCAGGCUUAUCGAGCAGAUUAGCGGCUCGUUGGAAUUCAAGGCUGAGUAUGAGCGCCUCAAGAUGGAACAGGAGAAGGCUGCGGAAACAUCAAACUUUAACCUUAAUCGUCGUCGCGGGAUUAAUGCCGAAAUCAAGCAGUACCAGGAGCAGAAGAAGGAGGCAGAGAACUAUCAGGCGAAGCAGGAUGAGAAGCAUGAGGCGGUGGUAACUCAUAUCCUAUGGAAGCUGUUCCAUUUUCAACGAAGUGUGGAGCUCAAUAAACAGGAGAUUGAACGCCAUCAGGAGGAGCUUAAGGAAUUUCGCCGCGCCCACGAGAAGUAUUAUGGGAAGCUUGAGGAGGCGAAGAGGGAGCAGGCUCUGGCGAAUAGAGGCGUGAGCAAGCAGGAGCGUGCUAUCAAGCGAAGGGAGAAAGAGGUAGAGGAGAAGGAAUCUUCGCUUGUUCCUAUCGAUGAGAAGAUUAGUAUUGCUGGGAAGAACUUGAAGAAGUAUGAGUCCAGGAUUAGGGAUAUCACGAGGGACCAGGAUAGCCAGACAUCCGCGGUGUCGGGCUUGCAGAAGGAACUAGCAGUUGUCAAAAAGGCGCAGGCCAAAUUUGCGGAGGAGCAACGGAAGAUUGCUGAAGAAACCGGGAUGGCGCUAUCUGACGCUGAUUUGGCAGAAUACAACAAACUCCGUGAACGGGUUAAUACAAAGAUCGCUGGAGAGCAGAUUAAGAUUGACAACUACAAUCGCCAGCAAAAGACUGAUAUCGAGACGGUCAAUAGCUUGAGUAGCAAGGUUGAAUCAUCACAAUGGCAGCUUAGCAAAAUCGAAAGUGAAGUCGAAGAUCUGCAGGAACGCAAAGAGCAGAUGAAAUCCGUCGUCGACCAGGUCGUCCAAGACAUCGAGGCUAAGAAGCGGGAGUACAACGCUAUGACUUCAGAAAGGCUGAGGAAUGCCCAGAAGCAUACCGAACUCGACGAGAAGCUCCAGGACUGUCUCAACAAACUUCUCGAAGCUGAUGACGGCCGUAGGCAAUCUGAGCGUGAAAUCAGGAUGAAGGAGACCAUUUCAGCUCUAAGGCGUAUAUUUCCCGGCGUCAAGGGACGUAUAUCCGAACUGUGUAAGCCACGAAUGAAAAAAUACGGCGAGGCUGUGAGCACUGUCCUCGGGAGACACUUUGACGCGGUUGUCGUCGAUAACGAGAAGACCGCCAAAGACUCCAUCGAGUACCUCCGAGAUCAACGAGCCGGUCAAGCAACGUUCAUCCCCCUUGACACAAUCCAGGUAAAGCCUUUGAAUUCCAACUUGAAAGGCAUGCACAGGGGCAUGCGAAUGGCGAUUGAUACCAUUGAAUUUGAUAACUCCGUGGAGAGGGCUAUGCAGUAUGCUUGUGGCAACGCGGUUGUCUGCGACGAUCUCGCGGUGGCGAAGUAUAUCUGCUACGAUAAGGGUCUUGAAGUUAAGGCUGUUACGCUGGAUGGGACGGUUAUUCACAAGGGUGGUUUAAUGACUGGUGGACGGACUGGGAACUCGGGCGGGAGACGGUGGGAGGACCAGGAGGUGGAGAAUUUGCGUAGAUUGAAGGAUAAUUUGAUUGCACAACUUAAUGCUCUUCCCAAGAAUCGGCGGGGUGCGCAGGAGGAGACGCUGCAGGGGGAGCUGUAUGGGCUGGAGCAGAAGCUUGCUUAUAAUCGGGAUGAAUUGAAGCUCUUGCAGCGGAGUCUUGAUAGUAAGAAAAAGGAGGCUGCUCAUCUUCAACGUCAAUUGAAGGAACUCCAACCGCAGCUUGAUGAGGCCACCACGUCGCUAAAUAAUAUCCGUGCUAAGGUUGAGGAACUUGAAGUAGUUGUUUCUGGGGCGGAAGAUGAGAUCUUCUCAGAGUUUACCACCCGCCUGAACUAUCCCAACAUCCGAGAGUACGAGAAACGCCAAGGAUCUCUACAACAGGAAGUCGCGCAGAAAAAACUUGAGUUUACCACACAAAUCUCAAAGUUAGAUAAUCAACUGGCUUUCGAAUCCCAGCGACUAAAGCAGACCACCGAGAGAAUAGGCAAUCUUGAGAAGAAUGCCGAAAGAGACAGAAUCACGGUGGAAGAACUUGAAGCCGAAAAGGCGCAGAUCCAGGAACAAAUGGAUGUUGUGAUGGCCGAGGUUGAACUCUUGCGUGAGGAGUUGGGGUCGAGAAGAACUGAGCUCGAGACCCGGAGCGAGAAGGUCAAUGGACUGCGGAGGGAAGUCUCCAAGCGAAGUAAAGACGUCGAGGACACUACAAAGCUGAUUUCUGGUUUGGAAGGGGAAAUCGAAAGAGAUUCUGCGGGUCGAUACGCUGUCCUUAGAAGGUGUAAACUGGAGGAGAUUGAAAUACCACUGACUGAGGAUUCUGCACCACUGGAUGAUUUGCCCAUCGAUGAUACUCUGCAAACCGACCCCGAUGCAAUGGACGUGGACGAGGACGAGGAUCCUAGCUCUAGUGCUGUCCAGAAGGUUCAGAUACAGGAUUAUGGCAUCGAGGUGGACUUUGAAGAUCUCGACGACGAUCUCAAAGAGAGUGGUGACGAGAGAGUGGAAGAGGAACUCCUGGACAAGAUCAAAACCCUCAGUGCCGAGCUCGACCGCAUGGCGCCCAAUAUGAAGGCCAUCGAGCGCCUGGAGGGCGUUGAAUCCCGCCUGCACGAGACUGACAAAGACUUUGACAAUUCCCGUCGCGAGGCGAAAAAAGCCAAAGACCGCUUCCAAGCCGUGAAGGACAAGCGCUCCCGACUCUUCAACAAAGCUCUCGAACACAUCUCCUCCCAGAUUGCGGGCGUGUACAAGGACCUAACCAAGUCCUCCAUUUUCCCCCUGGGUGGGAACGCAUAUCUCGACGCGGAGGACAACGACGAGCCCUACCUCGACGGGAUAAAGUAUCAUGCCAUGCCACCUAUGAAGCGAUUCAGAGACAUGGAGCACCUCUCCGGUGGGGAGAAGACAAUGGCGGCACUUGCUUUGCUAUUUGCUGUGCAUUCGUUCCAGCCGUCUCCCUUCUUUGUCUUGGAUGAGGUGGAUGCUGCGCUGGAUAAUGCCAAUGUGCAAAAGAUUUCAAAUUAUAUUCGCAGUCACGCUGGACCCGGGUUCCAGUUUAUCGUUAUCAGUUUGAAGACCGGCUUAUUUCAGCGUAGUGAGACGCUUGUCGGGAUUUUUAGGGAUCAGGUGGAGUGCAGUUCAAAGAGUCUUACGUAUGUUCAUCCUAACGUUCUCCGUUGCGGGUGUGUGCGCUAA